UGAACCCUAGUUAAUUGACGUGACUCCUCCAACCUCAUCAACAGAACUAAACCAAAUGAACCCGUUGCCUUUUCCAUGUCUAUAAACAAACAACGUUACUAGAGUUUUUCUUCGUCAAUUCCUUCUUAAAGUUUAGGCUUUGAAUUUGUAUCCAGGUUUGAUGCUUGUUCUCCAUUUGACGGGUGCAGAAAGUAGGAGCAUUACUUGCCUGGAAUUUGAAUUUUGGCCAGAAACCAUGAAAUAAGGACUUAAGGAUUUGUUUGUUUCUGCCUGGAAUUGAUCUGAGUUGAGUUUGAUUGAUUGGAUAGAGGAAGAUGGGAUACACAGUUACUCUUCACAACCAUUCGGUUGAGAUUUGCCGUUCUCAUUGUUUGCAGUGGGGUUUGAAACAACCUGGAACAGGUUGUAGCUCUCUGAAGUGCUCGAUUGUAAACAUACCUACUUCUAAUUUAACAUGUUCGGUCAAUUUUAGUAGCACAAUUCACUCUUGCUUGCCGUGGAAGGUCGAUAAUGGUUCAGAAAGAGAGGUGGUAUCGUUAGUGUGCCAAGGACUGCAGAGAAGUGUUUGUAUUGACAAAGAUGAAUUUGAUCAGGAUGAAUGCUGGGGUUCAGAAGAUCAGAAUGUGAGUGUUAAGGGAAAAUUCAAAGAGCAAAUAAAUUUGAAAAAGGUUCCGAAUUCUUUGAUGGCUGCUUUAGAUGGACGUUUUGUUAGAAAUGAUGAGGAAACAAACAAUGAUAUUCUUCAACGGUUCUGUAGCAAUGGAAAACUAAAUGAUGCAUCACGGUUGAUAGAAAUUAUGGCACGUCAGAAUCAAAUUCCACAUUUCCCUUCUUGCAUAAACUUAAUAAGGGGCUUUGUAAAAGUAGGCGAACUCGAUAAAGCCAGCAGAGUUCUUCAGAUUAUGAUAAUGUCUGGUGGGAUCCCUGAUAAUAUUACGUAUAAUAUGAUGGUUCGUGGUCUUUGUAAGAGAGGACGGAUGCGAUCUGCUAUUGACCUUUUGGAAGACAUGAGCUUGAGUGGUUGCCCACCGGAUGUGAUUACGUACAAUACAAUAAUACGCAGCAUGUUUGAUCAUGGUAUUUUUGAUCAGGCCGUUGGGUUUUGGAAGGAUCAAUUGAGGAAGGGAUGUCCCCCAUAUCUAAUCACCUAUACCAUUCUCAUUGAGCUAGUCUGCAGGCAUUGUGGAAUUGCUCGGGCAAUGGAAGUAUUGCAUGAUAUGGCAAUAGAAGGUUGCUAUCCCGACAUCGUUACUUACAAUUCACUGGUUAAUUUAUCUUGUAAACAGGGAAAACACGAGGAUGCUGCUUUAGUCGUUUACAGUAUUAUAUCUCAUGGCAUGGAGCCGAAUGCCGUAACAUACAAUACCCUUAUCCAUUCUCUCUGUAAUCACGGUUAUUGGAAUGAAGUUGAUGAGAUACUUGUAAUCAUGAAGGAAACUUUGCAUCCUCCAACCGUGGUUACUUACAAUAUAUUGAUCAAUGGUUUGUGUAAAUAUGGACUUUUGGACCGUGCCAUCAAAUUCUUCGAUCAAAUGGUUUCUCAAAACUGUUCCCCGGACAUUGUUACUUACAAUACGCUGCUUGGCGCUCUUUCUAAAGAAGGAAUGGCAGAAGAGGCUCUUCAAUUACUUCAAUUUUUAAGUGGGAGCAGCUGUUCCCCAGGUUUGAUAACUUAUAACACUGUGAUCGACGGAUUUACUAGAACUGGUGAUAUGGAGAAAGCAAUGGAAUUAUAUAAUCGGAUGUCAGAGGAAGGGAUCAGUCCUGACGACAUAACUCAUCGUUGCUUAGUUUGGGGAUUUUGCAGGUCCAAUCAAGUAGAGAGAGCUGUAGGGAUACUGAAGGUGAUGGCGGAGCAGAAACACAGGGUCGGAGCUAGUGGUUAUAAAGUGGUGAUACAUGGGUUGUGUAAAGACGGUAAGGUAGAUUUGGCGAUACAAGUGCUGGAAAUGAUGGUCUCGAGUCGGAGUAAACCCGACGAUACGAUUUAUUCGACUGUAAUCAAAGGUAUAGCAGAUGCUGGAAUGAAAGAAGAAGCUAACAAGCUGCAUCAAAAGUUGAGGGAAUGGAAUGUUUCCAGAGAAGGGAAACAAUUGAGUUAAAAAGAGCUAGAUUCUAUGGAUUUUGAUAGCCAGAGCUAUUGGCUUAAGAGUUUUUUCCAAUGCCCUUCUGUUUAAGUUGCUCGCUUACAUGAUCUCCUAUUGGCUUGUAUUGUUGUUUUAGUGGACUGCUUUUAGUUUAAAUCCCAGAAUCGGAAUGAGUGUUAGAUAUGUGUCCAACAAUAGCCUUUCAAAAUUAGGAUUUCAAAAAUAAUGUAAAAAAUUUAGUAAAUUCGUGAUAGUUUUUAAAA